UUGACUUGACAGUAGACAGUUGACAGAGAAUUAAAGUCUGGAAUACGAAUUACGAAAUUGAGCCUCAGUUUUGAUCUAAAAAAUGGCAUAUUAUUUACAAAGGGCUGUAACGUCCUAUGUUAGGACCAACGCACGUCUCGUUUCCCACGCUGCUACUGCUGGUGGACACGGAGGUGGCUGGAAGCUUUGGAAGAGGCUGUCUUUCCUCGUUGCAGGCCCAGCCAUUGGCCUGGGUAUGUUGAACGCGUACCUGGCCCACCAAGAACAACCUCAUGAAAGGCCAGAGUUUAAGCCUUAUGAGUACUUGCGUAUCCGCACAAAGCGUUUUCCAUGGGGUGAUGGGCAGAAGUCUCUCUUCCACAAUCCCCAUGUGAAUGCUCUGCCCAGUGGCUACGAAGAUCAUUAGUUGGUUGGUGAAUUUGGUGAAUUACGCCCGAUUGUAUUUAGAAAGUCUGUGUUAAGUACCUACCUAAUUUAAUAAAAAUUUAAAAACACCA